AGUGCAGCAACCAACCACUCAGUCAUAGCUAACGUUACACACACACACACACACACACACACACAAGAGCAGAUAGAAAGACCCCGGAUCCUACCCGGUCCGGUUCUUUCUGCUGAAAUCACUGGGUCUAAAACGUGACCCACCUGCAAGCUGAAGCUAUUUUUAUCCGUGCAAACAUCUGCGUCGCGGGACAGCUGAAACAUCCCAUGGAAUAGCCAAAUGCCAGAAAGACAGCGGAGAAUUUGAGGAAUCCGAAUGCCUAAACUGUCUUGUACCGUUGAUUCUGCCCUCUGAAGGUGCGUUUGUAAUGUUUGCCAUUUGCUCUUGAAGAGUACGAGAAAUAAGAUGAACAAGAAUGUCUGUAACGCUAACAGUUAUACGACCUGCCUCAGAAAAUAAGGACAGCUGAAUAACACUUGACAAGCUGCGUAGCUAACGUUAGCGAUUACAGUUUUUACCAUAACAUUAUUCAGUAGGAUAGUACCAAGCUGUAUCGGUGGUAUUUUGUCCGGACUGUUAUAAAAAUGACUCAUUUAAAUUAACAAGGAGUGCUACUGGUUGACGCCUGGAUGUGUUUUGCCUCAGCGGGUCUCAGUAGAAAACUCCCCGUUGACGGAGACAGUUCAAACCAUCGUGCCAUUAAUUUAACACAAUCAUAUACAGUAGUAACACAUUUGAAGGAUCGUGAAGAUGGCGACUGGAGCGGGUUGGCAGCAAUACUACAGCCCUGCUGGCAAUUCAUCGACCGGAGCGGGGAAAUAUAAUUCUGGUCACCCGUCUUCAAUGCCUUUCCAAUCGGGCAUUGCCAUGGAAUAUACUCAAGAUCUUCAUCUCAAAAUGAGCAAGAAGAUUGCCCAGCUAACCAAGGUGAUCUACGCGCUCAAUACGAAGAACGACGAGCACGAGGCAGCCAUCCAGACGUUGAAAGAGGCACACGAAGAGGAGGUGCAACAGAUCCUAUCCGAAACGCGCGAGAAGAUCAUGCAGUACAAGAGCAAAAUCAGCGAUGAGAUAGACCUCAAGCGCCGCAUCCAGUCUCUCGAGGAGUCCAUGGAGCUGCAUGAACGAAUGAAACGGCAGGCGCUGUCGGAGUUCGAGACCUACCGGCAGCGCGUGGAGGACAUGCAGCUGUGCACGGAGGCGCAGCACACGCAACGCGUGGUCAGCAUGUCGCGCGAGGUCGAGGAGAUGCGUCGCAACUUCGAGGAGAAGCUGCGCACCUUCAGCCAGGCGCAGACCCAGUUCGAGCAGGAGAAGCGGCAGGCGCUGGAGGAGCUACGCGCCUCGCACCGCCAAGAGGUCCAGGACAUGCUGCGCAGCCACCAGAGCCAGAACCAGAACUACAGCAAGGACCAGGAGAAGCUGGGCCAGCUGCACAAGGCCGAGGUGGAGGCGCUGAGCGAGCGCGUGGACGACCUCAAGCAGGACAAGAAGCGGCUGGUGGACGAGUACGAGGCCAAGCUGAACAAGGCGCAGGCCUUCUACGAGCGCGAGCUGGAGGCCAUGAAGCGCACCCAGCAGCUGACCGCCGAGAACCUGAUGGCGUGGAAGAAGACGGAGGCCGAGCUGCGGCGCGAGUUCCAGACGCAGGAGGCGGCUCUGCAGAAGACGCUGGGCAAACUGCGGGCCGAGCUGACGCGCGUGCAGGAGGAGGCGCGCGACAACCGCGAGAAAUCCCACAAGCUGCAGGCCUCGCUCGUCAGCGCCGAGAGCACCGUUAAGGAGCUCCAUAAGCAACUGGAUGAGGUGACACAGAACUCGGAGAUCAUUGCCAUUCGCCAGAAGGAGGGUGAGACUGAGCUGGAGGCCACCAGAGACAGAGUGCAGCAGCAGGCCACAGAGAUUCUACUGAAAGCCAGUCAGAUUGGCAGUCUGCAGGCCACCCAGAUGACCCACGAGGCGGCGAUCAGGGACCUGGAGUCGGAGAAGUGCCGUCUGAAGGACAAGGUCCAGCGGCUGGACGAGGAGAGGGAAGCCCUGCAGAACAAGAGCCAUGCACUGGAGGACAGGCAGAAGAACCAGAUCGUCAACCUGGAGAAGGCCCUGCGUGAGGAGAAGCAGUCGUAUGAGAAGGAGAUGAUGAAUAUGCGUGCCAAAUACGAGGAGGACGCGGCGCACUUCAAGGAGUCCCAGAGUCGCGCGCUGGAGGAGAUCUCCAAGAAGCACCGCGCUACGCUGGAGAGCACCCAGAGCACCGCCGAGAAGGAGAAGAACCGCCUGCUGGCCGAAAUGGAGCAGAAGUUUGAGCAGGAGCGACAGGCAUUGGAGGAGCAGAAGAACUGCCUGCGGGAGCAGCUGGACAGCAUCAGGCAGGAGCUCAGCACCAAGCUGGAGAUGGCCAACUGUGAGGUGUCUCGUCUGCAGGAGAUGGUGCGUGAGGGUGAGCAGGGCCUGGGCAGUGCCGCCGGGCAGAUCAGCAGCCUGCAGGAGGCUCAGGACAAGCUGCUGGAGGAGCUGGACGCCACGCGCGCCCGCCUCCGGGAGACCAGCAACCUGCUCACCGCACUGCAGGGUGAGAUGGAGACUCAGAAACAGCAGCACGAGGCCAAGCUCAUCAGCACUCGCGAGGAGGAGAAGCUCAAGAUGGAUAAAAUGGCCCUGGAACUGGAGCUCAAGUGGACCGAGACGCUCAGGUCCGUCUGUGUUGGCAUAUGGUGGCCCCGUGAGGAGCUGCGAGAGGAGCAUGAGGAGCAGAAGCGCGGCGCUCUCAGCCAGCUGGCCCAGAGCAAAGACCAGGAGCUGGGGGCGGCCAGGGAGAGCUGGCAGAGGAAGGUGGAGGACCUGCUGGAGCAGAUCUCCCUGUUGAAGCAGAGUCUGGAGAUGCAGCUGUCCCAGUCGCAGACGUCGCUGCAGCAGCUGCGGGCCCAGUUUGACCAGGAGAGGGAGCACCUGAGCGCCCAGCUGCAGGAGUUGGAGGCCGAGCACCAGCGCAGGGAGACGCGGCUGCAGGACAGCCACUGCUGUGCCCUGCAGGGCCUGGAGGAGGCGCGCCAGAGUGAGCUCAAGGAGCUGGCCGAGCGUCUGAGGCACCAGCACCACAUGGAGCUGCAGUCUCUGCGGGAGGCCCAUAGGCACAACAUCGAGACGCUCAAGCAACAGUCCGAACAGGAGCUGCAGACACUCCGCUUCGAGCUGGAGGACGAGGGCAAGGCCAUGCUGGCCUCUCUGCGUUCAGAGCUGAACCACCUCCACGCCUCGGCCAUCGAGCACAUGCGUCAGACUCACCAGCAAGAGAUGGCCGCCGCCAAACAGGAGCUGGAGAAAGCCAUGGAGCAGAGCAGGAUACAGGAGAGAGAGCUUCUGUCUCGUAUCGCUGACCUUCAGGACGAGGUGGCGCGCAGGAAGAACCACAUCGCGGACCUGGACCACGAGAUCCACACCCUGAACGAGAACAUCAGCACGCUCACCAAGGAGCUGGAGCUCAAGGGCAAGGAGGUGCUGAAGAUCCGCAGCGAAGCCAACCAGCAGAUCAGGGCCCAUGAGCAGGACCUGACCAAGAAGCAUGAGCGGGAGCUGUGUGAGCUGAACGCGCUGCACAACCGCGAGACGCAGAACAUGCUGUCCGACUUCAACAAGGCCCAGGAGUUGCUCAAGGACAAGAUCUCCGCCCUGCAGAUACUGUUGGAAGGCACCGAGGAUAAGUUCCGGAACCGCGAGAGCCGUCCAGAGGAUCUGCAGAUGAUUGCGGAGCUGAAGGACAUGGUGACGGAGCGGGAGUCGCUGGUCAAGAAGCUGGUGGAUGACAAAAAGUUCUAUCAGCUGGAGUUAGUGAACCGGGAGACCAACUUCAACAAAGUGUUCAACGCAAACCCCAACGUAGGCGUAAUAAACCCCCUCAUCAAGCAAAAGAGAAAGAAUGAGAAAUCGGCAAGCCGAUUCAGCAGCUCCCCGAACCUGCGGGCGCUGGAGGCUACAGGGACGGGGCCAGGUGGUGGGGGUGGAGGGGGUGGGGGCGGUGGAGGAGGUGGAGGGGGGGAAAGAGGCGGAGGGCCUACCCGCCUGGAGCCCAUCCCCAACUCCCCUGUCCACCAGCUCGACCUGAACUCGAGCAAGCUCCUGCCCCCGCCAACCCCCCCAAACGAGCCCAAGAAAUUCACGAGCCCUCCUGAGACAGAAGAGUCACCCCUAGCCUCCCCAGAUGCCCAGCGGCAGGAGUGGUUCGCGCAGUACUUCUCUUUCUGACUUCCGCAACUCCAGAGCAUGUCGAACCAAACGAAGAAAAUAAACGAAAAACAAGCAAACUAAAAACAAAAUGUAAACAAAAGAGAACCAACUAAAAUUCCUAAAAUACCAAAAAAAAAACAACAAAUAAAUGAAGAGAAUUAUUAUUUAAUGAAACAUCAUUACAUUCAUUUUUAUUUAUUUAUUUAUUUAUUUAUUUUUUUCUUUGUUUUCUUCACUGUGAAUGGGUUUUCUUGUUUGUACAGUGAUUCUAGAUAUGUUUUGACUUUAUGUUCCUGCUAUUUCUAAAGAGUGGUCCAUUUGCUGCUGCAUUGUAAUUUGUUCAGAUGAGGUAUAUUGUUCUCUCUCUAUCUGUCUGUCUGUCUGUCUCUCUCUCUCUGUACCUUAUAGAAUGGCACCAUAAUGAGCGUUUGUUACAGAUACAUUACCAAUUUUGGUAGAAAUUAAAAUAAAACUGUUUCUAUGGUUGUCUCAACACAGAUAUAAUGAUGUCUCACCAAUUUUAAAAAUAAAAUACAUAUUUUAUAUUUAUAUUAUAAUGGUGUAUGCUCAGAAAUAAAUCAAUAUUGUGA